GUGCCCUCAGAUGCCGGGGAGCCAGCGCCUGGGGCCGGCCCGCGGGGCGCUCGCCCUGUGCCUGCUGCUGUGCCUGGGCCUGCUGGCGGAGGCCUACCCCGAGAAGCCCGAGAAGCCCGGGGCCAACGCGUCCGCGGAGGAGCUGGCCAGAUACUACGCUGCGCUGCGACACUACAUCAACCUCAUCACCAGGCAGAGAUAUGGGAAACGAUCCAGCCCUGAGACGCUGAUUUCAGACCUCUUGAUGAGCGAAGGCGCAGAGAAUAUCCCUCGAACUAGGCUGGAAGACCGCUCUAUGUGGUGAUGGGAGAGGGAACUUGCUCUCCGGGCUUUGCCUAUUUUCCAACCCCAAUUUUAUUCUGUAAAGCUAGAGGCUGCCUGUCCUCCCAAUGCAAGCAGCCCCUCUGCUCCCCUCUGCAGAGCUCUCCUCUGUUGUCAUUGCAUAUAUGUGCAUUUCAAUAAAGUAACAUGCAUUCAAAA